AUGAGUACGACGGAGUUGUCGCCUGAACUAUCGGCAGCCCCUACACCGGAGUACCGUCAUCUUGAGCUGACGCCUGCUGAAAGAAUCGUGCUGGUAGCGUUACCAGUGAUCGCAUUGGUGCUGAGCUACGUGCUGCUGCGUAUCGUCUGGAAGGUGCCAGAAUCCCCCGCGCUGCCUCAGCAUUCGCAGCCAUCGACGUCGCUGGUUGAGGAGGGCGAAGUGGCUGGAGACUACGAGAAACACUGGUACGGCACGUUCGACUUCGCCUCCCUGUGGCUGCACGAGACCCGCUUCUGGCUCAUGCAGCUGCCCAAGCUCGUGGUCAUGAUGGUGGUGUCGCUCGCCGGCGGCAUCGUGUGCCGCUGCUUCUGCGACGUGGACGAGAAGGACUACAUCAUGACGAACAAGUCGUCCAAGUUCAAGGUCAACUACACGCGCAAGCUGCAGCACUUCGCCGCGUACAUGGUGCCGCUGGUGAUCAAGGCGGACUACCCGGGCCCGCUCGCGCUGGCGUGGGGCGACUUCUUCACGAUGCUGGGCUUCCUCGUGCUCAUCAAGCCCAUCCGCGAGCACUCCAAGUUUUUCAUGCUGCAGUUCAACUCGCUGGACCGCCCCGAGGACCGCCCCAACACGCUCAAGUGGAUCAUCGUGGGCAACAUCGCGCCGGGCAUGUUCAUCCUCAUGUUCUUCAAGUGGCUGUUCGCGGCGCGGGGCGCGCUGACGUUCAUCCUCGUGUUCAUCACGGGCAUCGGCGACGGCCUGGCCGAGCCCGUGGGCAUCACGUGGGGCCGCCACAAGUACAAGACGCGCAGCUGCUUCAGCAAGAACAAGUACACGCGCAGCUGGGAGGGCAGCGCGUGCGUGUUCCUGUCGGGCCUCGUGUUCCCGGCGCUGCAGUACGCGGCGUUCGACAACUUCUGGCAGGUGCUGCUGCCGAUGCUGAUCCUGGCGCCGACCAUGGCGUACGCGGAGGCGACGGCCCCGCACACGAUGGACACGCCCGUGCUCAUGAUCGGGUGCGGCGUCAUCCUGUACGCCGUCAUCCACCUCAUCUAA